UUGACUUUUCAUAUCUGUUAUCUGUUAAAGUGUUGAUUAGUCAAGUAAAAAUGUAAUUAAAAUGAAAACUUGGGAAGAUCAUAGGCAUUAAGCGAGGCAUGUGCCCCUUACAUCCAUGAUAAUAACUUCUAUAGAUCUUGUUUCAUAAACACCAGAUUAUAUGUUAACAUGGUCAAUAAAUUAAACAAUUUCUGAGAUAGCAGUUUACGUUGUAUAACAUGUUUUUGCACUUUAAUAAACUUGCAAGUAGAUAUAGUUGUAAAAGUGUAAAUUUAGUAAAACAAUUAAACAAUAUCGAUAAGUGGGCCAAAGCGUUAAAUAAUUAUUCUGUUGUGCACUUUGUAUCGACUGCCAACAUGAAUGUUAUGAAGUUCAGUGAUUAUGACUGCAUUGGAUUUGAUUUAGAUAAUACAUUAUUACGCUACAAUGUUACAAAUUUGGUACACUUUGAAUACGAUACUUUAGCAAAGUAUAUGGUGGAAAAGAAAGGAUAUAGUGCCAAACAUUUAUUAAAGCCAUUGGACACAGCUGACUUGGAUUUUAUGCAAAAAGGAUUAAUGAUGGACUUUGAAAAAGGAAACAUUUUGAAAGUAACAUGUGAUGGAUCCAUUCAAAGAGCAACUCAUGGCAGUAAAUUGUUAAACAUGGAAGAUAUUGAGAGUAUAUACCCUAACAAAAGAUGGCAUGUUAUCGAUUCUUUUUGUAAUGAUAUGUUAUCAACAUGGAAUGGACCUAUGUCAAUGCAAAUGAGACCUUUAUUAGACUACUUUGAUAUGCCAUCGUCUUUGAUUUUUGCAAGAGCUGUAGAUGCACAAGACGAGAAAGGAAUACCCCAAGAUUGUUACAGAAUAUGGCCAGAUAUGCUUGAAGGUUUAAUAGAAAUGUAUAACAAGGAUCACUUUCAAAGUGGACAAGGCAAUUUUUUCUCUGCUAUUAAAUCUAAUCCUAAAAAAUAUAUACAUAAAUGCAGUCCUCGUACCAUUUCUUGGCUUCAAGAUUUAAAGAAAAAACAAAAAAUUUUCCUCAUCACUGGAUCAAAUAUUGAUUUUGCAAAUUUUACGGCUAGUUAUGCUUUUGGUGAUGAUUGGAAAUCUUUAUUUGAUAUCAUUAUAUGUUAUGCAAAGAAGCCAGGUUUUUUUACUAGUAAUCGACCAUUUCUAACCUUAUUGGAUUAUAAAGAGUCCGGUCCGAUAAGCGGUAAAAAUCUACAACAAGGAGGUACUUACAGUCAAGGAAAUUGGAAAGACCUUUAUGAAUUUUUCACCUGCAUCACUGGAAAAAUUGAACCUCGAUGUUUAUACAUUGGGGAUAAUCUUGUGCAAGAUAUUUAUGUGCCCAGUGCAUGUACUACAUGUGAUGUGAUAGCUGUAGUCGAUGAACAAAUAUCUGAGGGUAUGCUUAACGUCGGAUUGUCACAUGAUAACAAGGAUAUCAUCAAUUCACAAUUUUGGGGAUCAUACUUUUGCUUUAAAGAUUCUGACUCUUUUGUAAAUACGCUGUGGAAUUAUGUGAUACAAACAUAUUCAAAAAUCUGCAUACCAGCAAUAGAAGAAGUAGCAAAGAUGAAUUUAGAUGAACCUUUAAACUCUUUCAAUAAGAACGACCGAAAAUUCAGUGGAUACCAUCCUGCAAUACCAAUUGUGGUAUCAACUAUGACCAACAAUUGACUACUUUAGGGAUAUUUUAACAACAUUACAUGAAAAUGCAUAGAUGAAAAUUGUACCUACAAUCAAGGAUCAGCUAAAACAACUUUCAUCUCAUCACCAAAGGCCACAACACAAUACCUUUAAGAAAAAAAGGGCUGAAGUAAGGCAACAGGAAGGAUUAACGGCAGU